AUGGAACAGACACAGACUGUGGCGCAGCAAGAACGAGAGAGAGACAGCGGGGCGAGAGAGCGACAGCGGGGCGAGAGAGCGAGAGAGCGACAGCGGGGCGAGAGAGAGACAGCGGGGCGAGAGAGAGACAGCGGGGCGAGAGAGAGACAGCGGGGCGAGAGAGAGACAGCGGGGCGAGAGAGAGACAGCGGGGCGAGAGAGAGACAGCGGGGCGAGAGAGAGACAGCGGGGCGAGAGAGAGACAGCGGGGCGAGAGAGAGACAGCGGGGCGAGAGAGAGACAGCGGGGCGAGAGAGAGACAGCGGGGCGAGAGAGAGACAGCGGGGCGAGAGAGAGACAGCGGGGCGAGAGAGAGACAGCGGGGCGAGAGAGAGACAGCGGGGCGAGAGAGAGACAGCGGGGCGAGAGAGAGACAGCGGGGCGAGAGAGAGACAGCGGGGCGAGAGAGAGACAGCGGCUUGGCAAGAGAGAGACAGCGGCUUGGCAAGAGAGAGACAGCGGCUUGGCAAGAGAGAGACAGCGGCUUGGCAAGAGAGAGACAGCGGCUUGGCAAGAGAGAGACAGCGGCUUGAGGAAGGGGAGCUACAGCGGCAGAACUUUCCUUCAGUCCCAGAGCAGCAGCCCAACAAGAAGCAGCAGCAGCAGCACAACAAGAAGCAGCAGCACAAGAAGCUGCAACAGUGA